UCUCAACUUUCAUUACAAACUCUCUCAAUUCAUUGUGUAAACAAAGAAAACUAUAUCCUUAAUUUACUUUGCUUUCUUGUUUCUCAAAAUCUUACCAAAAAAGGAAAGAUAAUAUGAAGAGAGAACGAUCUGAGUUCGAAGAAUCCAUCAAGAAUCUAGACAUUGCUAAGUGUCUAAUGAUACUAUCACAAACCUCCUCCAUGGUCAAACAACUUGGUGUGAAUCAAUAUACCGAGAGCAGUUCAAGUAACCGGUUCGAAUGCAAAACGUGUAACAAGAGAUUCUCUUCGUUUCAAGCCCUUGGUGGCCACCGGGCCAGCCAUAAGAAGCCAAAGCUAGCCGUUGACCAGAAAGAGGUGAAACAUCUUACCAACAGUUAUAAAGGAACUCAUGCGCACGAAUGUUCGAUAUGCGGUCAGAGUUUUGGGACCGGACAGGCUUUAGGCGGUCACAUGAGACGGCAUAGGUCAAGCAUGACGGUGGAGCCAUCGCAGCUCAUCUCUCCUGUGAUUUCUAACGUGCCGGUUCUGAAACGAUGCAGUAGUAGCAAGAGGGUUUUGUCUUUGGAUUUGAAUCUGACUCCCUUAGAGAAUGAUCUUGAAAUUCUUUUUGGGAAGACGUUUUUCCCCAACAUAGAUAUGAAGUUUGUUGUUUAGUUUUUUGUUUUGUUCUGUUCAUCAAUCAUUUAGGUUAUUGAAAUUCUUUUGUACUGUUAUCCUCCCAUUCUUUUAAUUAAUUAUUUCAAACGUU